CAGAUGGAGCUCCAGAAGGGCCUCUCCAGCCAACGGACACUCAUAUCUGCCGUCCUCAGCCUGCUGUCACUCAGCCUCUCCACGACAUCCCUGCUCAGCAACUACUGGUUUGUGGGAACACAGAAGGUGCCCAAGCCCGUGUGCGGCAAAAGCCUGGCAACCAAGUGUUUUGACAUGCCGAUGUCCUUGGAUGGGGGCGUCCCCAAUGCAUCAACCCCGGAGGUGGUGCAAUACAGCUGGGAGACUGGGGAUGACCGUUUCUCCUUCCUUACCUUCCGGAGUGGCAUGUGGCUAUCCUGUGAGGAAACCGUGGAGGAACCAGGGGAGAGGUGCCGAAGCUUCAUUGAACUCACACCACCAACCGAGAGAGGUGAGAAAGGACUACUGGAAUUUGCCACGUUGCAAGGCCCAUGUGUCCCCACUCUCCGAUUUGGAGGGAAGCGGUUGAUGGAGAAGCCUUUCCUCCCCCACCUUCCCUUGGGGCUUGUGGCAAAGAUCCUAUGGUUGUCACUGGGAGCCCAGAUCACCUACAUCGGACUUCAAUUCAUCAGCUUCCUCCUGCUUCUAAUGGACUUGCUGUUCACUGGGAACCCGGGCUGCGGGCUCAAGCUGAGCGCCUUUGCUGCUAUUUCUUCUGUCUUGUCAGGCCUUCUGGGGAUGGUGGCCCAUAUGAUGUAUUCACAAGUCUUCCAGGCAACUGUCAUCGUGGGUCCAGAAGACUGGAGACCACAUGCUUGGAAUUACGGCUGGGCCUUCUACACAGCCUGGGUUUCCUUUACCUGCUGCAUGGCAUCAGCCGUCACCUCCUUCAACACAUACACCAAGAUGGUACUGGAGUUCAAAUGCAAGCACAGUAAGAGCUUCAAAGAAAACCUGAGUUGCCUACCACACCACCACCAGUGUUUCCUUCAGCAGCUGUCAAGUGCAGCCCACCCAGGGGGUCCUUUGGCCGGCUACCACCAGUACCACAAUCCACCCAUCCACUCUGUCUCAGAAGGAGUUGACUUCUACUCAGAGCUACGAAACAAGGCAUUUCAACAAGGGACCAGCCAGGAGCAAAAAGAAGUAGUUGGGUCAUCUGUAGAGGAAGAGCCGUGUUAG